UGAAUUAAAGCCGUUCAAAUUCUAAUAUCGGAUUCGGGUUUCUCCUAUGCACCUAUCAGAUGUUUAUUUUUUCUGUCAUUUAAGGGCGCGUUUGUUAUUUAUGUUCUAUCAUCCAACAAUUACAUCCGGUCUUCUACACCAUUAUAUCAAUCUAUCACGCAAGCAUACUCAAGUAUCUAAUAAUAUGACAGAUACAUUAAGAACCUUGUCACCAAAGAAAUCUCACUUUAUAUAACGUGAAGAAACAAGGGCAAAAAAAAAAAAGCUGUUCAUCAACAUCUGCCGUGUCUAGCCGCGAACCCGCGGAACCGGGGUAAAGCACUACGACCCUGGGUACUUUGUCUAGACGCAAAUGCAUAUGGCGAGAUGCGCCGAGAUAUAACCCACUCUCCUGCGAAUCGUUUAUAUGCGCCGCGAUUGCGUGAUUGGUACUAACUCUUUCCAAUGAUCGCUUACAUGGUUGGUAAAGAGCAACACGAACUAUACAUACAAUGUAAUCGGCCCUGCAGUUAGAGCUAUGUCCGCGUUGGUAGUACCAGCCGUAAUAUAAAUAAGAAAACUUAAGACCCGUUGUGUUCCUCGCGAUUUCCAUGCAUCCUACCGCCGAGCUACCUUUGGCGCGUUGAGUUGGAGCGUCGAUUUGGAGCGUCGCCAAGUUAAACGGAAGUCUCAAAUUCCAUUAUCAAAUUAUCAAAAGGAGUUUAUCACCGCCAAGUAUUUGAAUCCGGGGACUCAAAGGCGCCGAGAUGUCUUCCCGCAUUUCGGGCGACGCCAAGGACGAAGCCAAGUUCUCUAGUGCAGCGCCCGCAGCUGAGCCUCCAACUAACCAACUACCUCCCUUAACAGAAGACGUAGUUAAGGACAUCAGCCCAGGCAAGGAGAAACUUCCCGUCGAGGACUCCAUUGAGGUUGAUGCGGAUCUCGAGAACGAAAAUGACCCCGAGAUCAGCCAGAUCCCUCCUGAAGUCAGACGGGUCGUCAGUCUUCACGAUGAUACAACUUUGCCCACCUUGACAUUUCGAUAUUUCAUCCUUUCUAUCAUCUUCGUUAUUCCAGGUGCUUUUUUAUCUUCCAUGAACAGCUACCGAACCACGUAUGCACCUUACUCAGUCUUCUUCGUCCAGAUAGCUUCCAAUUAUGUCGGCCUCUGGCUCGCCCGCGUCCUUCCUAAUCGCGAAUUUCAUAUUCCCUUCACUCGCUGGUCUUUUAACAUGAACCCAGGACCAUGGUCGGUCAAAGAGCAUGUCUUAGUCACUUUAACAGCAGCUUCUGGCGCGACAGGCAAUGGAGGCACCACUCCGAUCUCGAUCGGCGACCUUUACUUUAACGAGCGUCUUCAUCCUGCAGCCGCCAUCUUUUUCAUGUGGUCCAUCGAUGCUACAGGGUACGCCUUCGCCGCGCUUGCUCGUCAAAUUCUACUAUACGAACCGGCAUACCCCUGGUUCCAGGCUCUUUGCCAAGCAGCGCUUUUCGAGACUCAGAGUCGACAGAACAAAAACCCGACUCGCACUGCGCGCAAGCAGAUGCGCGUGUUCUGGUGGGUGCUUCUGGGCGUCACGUUAUGGCAGUUCUUACCCGAGUACGCCUUUCCGAUGUUGAACUCCAUGGCCUUCUUAUGCUGGGUCGCUCCUCAUAAUCCUGUCGCCAACUUUAUCGGAUCCGGCCUUGGUGGAAUGGGCUUUCUCAACUUCAGCUUUGAUUGGGCCAAUAUCUCCAACUAUCUCGCCGGAGUUCCGCUAUUUUUGAGUCCUUGGUGGUCGCAGGUCGUCCUUUUCUGCUCCUUCGUUAUGUCAUGCUGGAUUCUACUGCCCGCUGCAAAAUGGGGACACCUUGGAAAUUACCCUCAUUGCUUAAUGACGAACCGAGCUUGUACUGCUGAUGGGAGCAGAUAUCCUGUGACCGACCUAGUCACACCGCAAAAUACCUUCAAUCAGACUGCUUAUGAAGAAAACGGACCGCUGUACCUUGGUGUUCAUUACCUGUGGUCCAUUUUCUUUGAUUACGCUUCUUACGUGUCUGCUUACUCCUGGAUUGUAUUCUUUGGAGCCGGUCAAAUCAGAGAGGGGUUCAGGAAGUUUCGGGCACGUCAGAAAAAUCCCGGUCAGGGAAUCAACCAUCAAUACACGGACCGUUUAAAUGUGCUCAUGAGAUCAUACAAGGAAGUUCCUUUAUGGUGGUAUAUUGUGUUAUUCCUCGGUUCUUUUACAUGUGUCAUGACAAUGGUUGGGAUGGACCUCUUGUUCAUCCCCUGGUGGACUUAUCUGGUGGCACUCGCGACAGGAGCCGCUAUUGUCGUUCCCCUCGGCUGGCUUUACGCCAUUAGCAACUUCCAGCUGCCCAUCGGGACGUUCAAUGAGCUAUUGUACGGCACGAUGGUGCAGAACCUAAGCACCCAUCGUAAUCCCAUUGGAGCUAGUAUAUAUGGUGCUCUGGCUGGUGGCGCUUGGUAUCGGGCCCAGUAUAUGUUGCAAGAUCAGAAAAUAGGGCAUUACAUGCACGUUCCCCAACGUGCAGUUUUCUUUUCGCAAAUUUUCGGAAUCACCAUGGGUGUACCGAUCAAUUAUGCAGCAAUGCGCUGGAUCAUGGACUCUAAGCGUGAGUACCUGACUGGAGCUGUUGAUGAUCCAGCCCAUAUCUGGACGGGUCAGAGUUUAGCUAGCUCUUUGACGAUGGGAGUUCAAUACGUUCUAUUGGGACCAACCCGACUUUUCCGACAAGAACAAUUUCGUCCUCUCCCCUACGCAUUCCUCGUCGGCGCGGCCUGCCCGGCCAUCGUCUACGCACUCCACCGACUGUUCCCUCGCGCGAAGUUCCACCUCUUCAACACCACUAUUUUCUUCAGCGGCGCGUCCAUCUUCUACGGCAACGUGUCGACGGGGUACUUCUCGCGUUUCAUAGGGGGGUUCGUCGUUAUGUACUGGGCGUACCGGUACCGAUACCAGCUAUGGGCCAAGUACAACUUUAUUCUCGCGGCCGCAUUCGAUGCUGGUUUCAACUUGAACAUGCUCUUGAUCUUCUUGAUCUUCGGUAGUGCGAAGGUUAUCGGCAUGCCGAAUUGGUGGGGGAAUGAUGCGGUUAGCGUGGAGAAGUGCUAUGCACUUGAGACUUGAGUAGAAUUAGGAAAACAUCUAGGUACAACAAUAACAUAAUGGCACUGUAGAUAUACAGUAUUGAUACCGCCACCAAGGCUGACUAAAAGCUGGGGAACAUAGCAUUGCUUCAACGUGAGUUGCGUACGCACGGUUACACAAGGAGUGUGGAUUGCUUAUGCUCACGAGAGGCUACAAACGUGUCUGACACUAGAGCGUAGAUAUAACAAGGAGCCUUUAACUUCCGGGUAUUUAGUAACUUGGG